AUGCAAAUUCCUUGGGCAGCUCAAGCAGAGUAUGCCAAGUAUACCGUUUAUUUUGGUAUUGUUGUUAUCCUGUGCUGUUUAUUCAAACAUUUGUACUAUAGAAUACGUGAUCUCACUUACAAAUCCAUGGGACCAAAAUCAACUACGAACCCAAUAUGUUCGGUUAUAGACGUUGCUAUGGCCUAUGGAAGAUAUAUUGGCUAUAAACAAACUCCUUGGGUUUCUACUCAAGUUCUUUCAUUACCAAAUUCCGUUGGUGCUACUUUGUUCAUGUCGGUUUCAUCGUUAUAUUUGUUGUGCUAUUGUUUUGUCCCCCAUUUCUGGUACCGCCCCUGUAGCGAGUUUGGAUCUCCCCCCUUGGCAGUUAGAGCUGGUGUCAUGUCUACGGCAUUGUUUCCCUUUAUUUAUGUGCUAGCAGGCAAAUCAAAUGCCAUCACCUUGCUAACAGGAACAAGCUACGAAAAAUUGAAUCUAUACCACCAAUAUGUCGGGUGCGCAUCAUUUGUCUUGGCAAUAGUCCACACGAUUCCGUUUUUAUACCAAUCGUUGCAGGAAGGAGGAGCAACUUUGUUGCAUCAUUAUUUCACAACAAGUAUCUACUAUAUUAGUGGUAUACCAUGCAUAAUUCUCUUGGGAUUGCUUUGUGUUUUAUCAAAAGCAUGGGUAAGGAAACAUUUCUAUGAGGUGUUUGUCCAUCUUCACUGGAUGAUGGGAGUCGCUUUCUUUGGUGUGCUUAUUUGGCACAUUAACCAAAAUAUGGGAGCACAAAAUUACAUGUGGGGUGCUUUGGCAUUCUGGGCAACUCAAAUAAUAUACCGGCUCUUAACAAAGACAUGUUUUAAGCCAAAUGCAAUGUUCCUUCGCUCGAGAAAAGCGCACUUGGAAAAAUUAGGAAAUGGCGUAUAUCAAAUCAAAAUUGAAAAUGUCGCUGAUUAUAAGUGGUCACCGGGACAGCAUUGCUUCCUCAGGUUUCAAGGUUGGAGAAUACUCGAUUCUCAUCCAUUUUCAAUAGCGUCAACUUGUGACUCAGAUGGAGGGCUGCUGAUGAAGUUCAUUGUUAUUCCACAAAAGGGGUUAACAAAAGUGCAAUACCUUGAAUUGAACCGGCAAAUUGAAAUCAAUAAAAAAGUCUACAUUGAUGGACCAUAUGGUGGCACAUUUAGAGAUCCUACAAAAUUUGACAAGAUUGUGUUGAUUGCUUCAGGAAGUGGUGUUUCAGCGACACUUCCAUUCUUGAUAUACAUGAGUCAGCAAGAAAAACUGGGAAAGCUGGUAAACUUGAAAUGCAUCAAUUUCAUUUGGAUAGUGAGGAAAAUAGAGGAUACUAACUGGAUACGCGAGGAGUUGAACCAAUGUCAAGCAAUUCUUGGGUCCAAGCUCCAAAUGGAGAUUUUAGUUUGUCACCGUACAAAUAUGAUUGAAGAUAAUGACGAUUCGGAAAAAUCCAUCGAGUCGAAAUCAAGUGAUAUAGUAGCUUGUAAUGUCACAUUUGAAAAACCAAAUGUUCUGGAGGUUUUGAAAAGCCUAACAUCGAGCUUUGCAAGAAGAAAUUUGAUUGUGUCUUCUGGUAGUAUCUCCAUGAAGAGGCAAGUGAGCUCUACAGUUUCCCAAUUGCAAGAGUUGAUUUUCAAUAAUGACUUGAAAAACACAAAUGUCGAAGAAAUCUAUCUUCACACUGAGAGUUUUGGAUGGUAA